AUGCUGGAGCUGCUGAGUCAGCUGGAUGGCUUCAGUAGUGACGGCAGAAUCAAGGUCGUGGCAGCCACGAACCGAGCUGACAUCCUGGACCCGGCUCUCAUGCGCUCGGGCCCCACGAACCGAGCCGACAUUCUCGAUCCGGCUCUUAUGCGCUCAGGGCGGCUGGACAGGAAGAUUGAGUUCCCACACCCCACGGAGGAGGCCCGCGCUCGCAUCCUGCAGAUCCACUCACGGAAAAUGAACGUACACCCGGAUGUGAAUUUUGAGGAGCUAGCACGGUCAACAGACGACUUCAACGGAGCUCAACUCAAGGCCGUCUAUGUAGAGGCCGGCAUGCUUGCCCUGCGCCGCGACGCCACUGAGGUCGCGGCAGCCACCAACCGGGCCGACAUCCUGGACCCGGCUCUCUUGCGCUCGGGGCGAAUCAGGCCUGCCGGUCCCUCGUCCCUCUCACUCCUCCAUCACUUCGUGUUGUUGCUCCCUCUCAUACCCCCACCUGAUUCCCCCAUGUCUCCAUCAGAUGGUAGCAGCCACCAACCGGGCCAACAUCCUGGACCCCGCUCUCAUGCGCUCGGACUCUCUCAGCCCUUCCUGCCCCUCUACCCCACCCCAUUCACUCGCCUUCACCACCCCACAUUCACCCCACCAACCGAGCCGACAUCCUGGACCCGGCUCUCAUGCGCUCGGGGCGGCUCCUGCCUUGAUGCCACUCUCCUCCCUCUCGCCCCACCACCCCCUUCAUCCCCAUUCUCCCGAUGUCUCCACCAGGUCGUGGCAGCCACCAACAGAGCUGACAUUCUCGACCCUGCCCUCAUGCGCUCGGGGCGGCUGGUCAGGAAGAUUGAGUUCCCACACCCCACAGAGGAGGCCCGGGCCCGCAUCCUGCAGGUGAGGCGCGUGCAACAGCUUCAUGCUUGUUUGCUUGUGCGCUGGGUUCGCGAUUGGAUGCCACCACCUGGGAUGAAUGAAUCCACUUGCGGAGCUGGCGUGGCCAACAGGUUUCUAGACGUCUCAAACCUUCUAUCUGGUUCUGAUCCCCUCUUCUUUCCCACUUAA